CUUGCCUCCCCAACACUUCAUCAUGGGUGAACAGGCAAACACUCUGAAGAGCAUCCUGAAGGACAACAGUAUGGCUCGUAACAUGCCCCAGAAGCAGAGUAACUCUGUUGGGGCUGUGCGCUGGACACUACCAGAGAAAGAUAUUCAGGUCCACAGUUCUGCACCCAUCAGCCCCUUAAAGAACUGUAGCGGAUCUUCUACCCGUUCACAGCAAAGGCAACGUCAGCAAGGUCUGAAUGAUCUCCGGAGUUUGAAUGAGUGCAUCGUAUUCAUAAACCACUGGAAGCAACAGGUGGCACAAGUUUGCAAGAAUGAGGAUGAUCCCGGUGAAGGGUGCAGCGGUCAGGCAGAGCGGCAGAUAGACCCCAGAACUGAGCGCAGUCUUGAAGAGUCUCGCAAGCUUAUUCUGCAGUGGGCCAGUGAACUUCAAAGUGUAGACAAGCUGUCUAAAAACCAUCCAUGGAUGAAGGAGAGGAUUGAUGAAGAGGAGGAAGACGACACAAAGAAGGAUAAAGAUCGGAGUGAGGUGGUGCAGAAGAAGAUCACAAAGUGGGCCAAAGAGAUACAGAGUGUGUCAGAGAGCUCUGGAAUGCUGGGAGAUGAAUUGGCACGGCUGUUGCGUCUCCUGGGACUGAAGAAGAAGAAGCUGGUUUCCCUCAUGCCACUGCUGGAGUUCAUCACUUGGAGUUUGCUGAAAGAAGACAGCAAGGGCAUGGUUUCUCAUCUAUGGCUUUCAGCUAAGCAACGCACCUGGAAAGCUGGCAUGCCACGAUACAUCCCUAAUUCAGUCUGGAACUGGAUUGUCAGUGCAGGAGCUGAUGUAACUCUUGACCCCAUGACCAACCAAGCUUGGCUGCAGCUCUCUGAUGACCACAAGACAGUUCAGGAGGGCCUAACAGAGGCCAUUCUGCCUUACAGCCCUCAGCGAUUUGACAACUUGCCCUGCGUCCUAGGCUGGGAGGGCUACAUGAGUGGCCGCCAUUACUGGGAAGUGGAAUUUGCAAACAAUGGUUAUUGGAAAGUUGGAGUGACAACUGCUUCCUCAAAGAGGCAUGGCCGCUUUCCAAUGAAUCCCUCUACUGGUUAUUGGGUCCUGUGGCGCAGCACACGUCAGUUUUUCGCAUGCACCAGUACCGAAACAGCACUGCCACUGCUGCUGGUGCCCCAAAGGAUGGGAAUAUACAUUGAUUACGAGGAGGGGCAGAUUUCAUUCUACAAUGCAGAGAACAAAUCACAUAUUUACACCUUUACGGGACACUUUCAUGAGAAGCUGUACCCUUUCUUUGCCUUGCUGGAUGGCAGGGCAGUUAUAACCAUAUGGUCUCCUAAAGAGCAGAGCCGCUUUUAA